AUGGAUGACGCUGCCGUCCUCAAGCGACGAGGCUACAUCAUGGGGAUAAACUUGGGAGAGGGCUCGUAUGCCAAAGUCAAGUCUGCUUACUCUGAGCGCCUGAAGUUCAAUGUGGCAGUCAAGAUCAUCGACCGCAAGAAAGCCCCCACAGACUUCUUGGAGAAAUUCCUUCCUCGGGAAAUUGAGAUCCUGGCCAUGCUGAACCACCGCUCCAUUGUCAAGACCUAUGAGAUCUUCGAGACUUCUGACGGCAAGGUCUACAUUGUCAUGGAGCUUGGGGUUCAGGGCGACCUCCUUGAGUUCAUCAAAACCCGGGGUGCCCUGCACGAGGACGAUGCGCGCAAGAAGUUCCACCAGCUCUCCUCGGCCAUCAAGUACUGCCAUGAUCUGGACGUCGUCCACCGGGACCUUAAGUGUGAGAAUCUUCUCCUUGACAAGGACUUUAACAUCAAGCUGUCUGACUUCGGCUUCUCCAAGCGCUGCCUGAGGGACGACAGUGGCAGGCUCACAUUGAGCAAGACCUUCUGUGGGUCAGCGGCGUACGCGGCCCCCGAGGUGCUACAGGGCAUCCCCUACCAGCCCAAGGUAUAUGACAUCUGGAGCCUGGGUGUGAUCCUCUACAUUAUGGUCUGUGGCUCCAUGCCCUACGAUGACUCCAACAUCAAGAAGAUGCUGCGCAUUCAGAAGGAACACCGAGUCAACUUCCCCCGCUCCAAGCACCUGACAGGUGAGUGCAAGGACCUCAUCUACCGUAUGCUGCAGCCGGAUGUCAAUCGGCGCCUACACAUUGAUGAGAUCCUCAGCCACUGCUGGGUGCAGCCCAAGGCACGGGGCCUGUCCUCCGCAGCCAUCAACAAAGAGGGGGAGAGCUCCCGGGCCACCGAAAGCUCCUGGGUCCCAGACUCAACCUCUGACAAAAAGUCUGCCACCAAUCUGGAACCACAAGAAGAGGCGGGACCCAAGAAAAGCCCCAAGGAGGAGCAAGUAGAAGUGUCCAAGCAGACAGAGACCUUGGGCUUCAGUGGUGAGCAUGUGUCUGAGGAGACCCAGGAAGGGGCCUCUCCACCUCAGGUGUCUCCCGAGACGCACAGCUAG